AGUUUAGUCUAUGAUCCAAUGUGGCGGCCGACCUAAUGUUUCAAGCGUCAAGAAUUAUGGCGUUUUGAGAAAGACGUUCUUAAAUAGUUUUUUUAAAUGUUACUAAAUGUCAGUGUAAUUUUCAAAACUUGUUUAUAAUAUGAGCAGAUAUUACGAUUACGGUAACGCUAUAUCAUGUUGACAUGAGAUGGUCGCACGUCAACAAUGGUUAAAACACGAUCUUCAGCGAGGGUAGGGAGUGCGGUCCCGAGUGCGCCCUCCGAAAAUGGAACCACUUCUGAACUUAGAACGCGGCUCAAAACAACUGAGAACGGACACCGCUCCCAAAAGAGCGGGAAUAAUAGGAACAAUCAAGCCCUGCCCAGCGGCGGGACAGGGCACAGCGGGGGGUCCCAGGGGAAGGACCCCCUGGCCCCCGCGCUACCUGGCUCCCGUAACAUGUACCAGCACCCGGCCGUCACGGGGUACAACCCGCAGGACUCGCGAGCUCAAGCCAUGCCAGUCACUCAAACGAAAGAGGCAUCAGAACUAGAUGAAGUCCUGGAAGCAUGCCUUUCUUUAGCGCGGCAGAACCCGAUGUACGCGGGCGGCAUGUACCACUACGGGCACGGCGCGGGCAGCGCGGCGCUGACGUCGAUGCCUUCGCUCUCGCCCUCCACGCAAAUGCCGCCUUUCCCUGUACACCCCGACGUUAAGUUCAAAAAGCUGCCGUUCUACGACGUGAUGGCGGAGCUGAUGAAGCCUUCCACCAUGAUGCCGAUGCAGGCGGGCCGGCUGCAGGAGGGCACGUACAUCUUCCACCUGACGCCGCAGCAGGCCACCGAGAUCGCAUCGGGGAAGGACCUGGUCGGACCCAGCAAUAAGCUAGACUUUGUCAUACAGGCGCAACUGAGAUUUUGUCUAUUGGAGACAUCAUGCGAGCAAGAAGAUUACUUCCCACCUAGUGUUAAUGUUAAAGUAAACAACAAAAUGUGUCCACUGCCAAAUCCGAUACCAACUAACAAACCGACGCCAGAGCCGAAGCGGCCACCGCGGCCUGUCAACAUCUCGUCGCUUGUCAAACUGUCACCUACAGUCGCCAACACCAUCCACGUGACGUGGGCGGCGGACUUCACACGGGCGUAUGUCGUCAGCGUGUUCAUGGUGCGCAAGCUGACGUCAGCUGAGCUGCUGCAGAGGCUCAAGAACAAAGGCACCAAGAACCCGGACUACACGCGCUCGCUGAUCAAAGAGAAGCUAUCGGAGGACUACGACAGCGAGAUAGCCACCACCUCGCUCCGCGUAUCGCUGAUGUGUCCGCUAGGCAAGAUGCGGAUGGCCUGUCCUUGCCGGCCGGCUAACUGUCCUCAUCUUCAGUGCUUCGACGCGUCGCUGUUCCUGCAGAUGAAUGAGCGAAAGCCGACGUGGCUUUGCCCCGUUUGCGAUAGGCCUGCGCCGUAUGACUCGCUGGUGGUUGAUGGGUACUUCCAAGAGGUUCUGACGUCGUCGCGGCUGGCGAGCGAGUGCAACGAGAUCCAACUGCACGCGGACGGCAGCUGGUCCGCGCACGCGCCGCCCGCACGCGCGCCCGCGCCUCUACAGCCCACGCCCGAGCCCGUCACGCUUAUUGCCGACGACCUGGCUAGUGUGACGGAGUCAGCUGUAUGCAGAUGGGCGCUGUCUGAGCCCGUCACGCUCAUCGCCGACGACCUGGACGUGAUACCAGUGGAAGGCGGUAGCAGCGGCGGGGCCAAGCGCGCCGCUGUCGGUGAGACCCGAGCGCCCAAAGCUACGGAGGCCGUGGUGGACCUCACGUCGGAUUCGGAGGACGAGCUGCCUCUCAAGAGGAAAGUGCCGGCGCCUAAAGCCACGCCGCCGGUGCCCGAGACUGCCAUCAAGACUGAUGAGACGUUCUCUAACUCAGAAGCAGUGUCGUCCAGCGGCUACCGGUCGCCGACCGAGUCCGGCGGCGGCGGGUCCGGCGCGGUCAUCUCGCUGGACAGCCCGUCGCCGCCCGCGCCCGCCUCGCCGCAACCCGCCGCCGACUCGCUGCCUGAUCACCCGCAUCUGUCCAUCACGCCCGUUGCCAAGUCCCGGCGUCGAAUGUCCCGGGACGGCUCGCCUGCCGCGCCCGCGUCGCCGCAGCCCAAUGCCGACGCCCUGGCCGAACAUCCUCACCUAUCCAUCACACCAGUCGACAGAUGCACAAACAACACAGAGCGCGACGAGGGCGAAGCGGCGCCGGCGCACUGGGCACCCUAUGCAGAAUCGGACCGGGAGACUCACGACUCAUAUCGAAGGUACUGACUGAGGGACAAGAGUGGCCGCCCCUCGUACGCUUGCGGCCAUUCGUCCGACGAGGAGCAGACCUACCCAGAGGUUCCUCUGCUGCCGCAGUAAGCGUACGACCCGCGUCAUCAACCCUAAGUUUAUACUUUUAAGGUUGCAUUUCCCACAUCGUCGCGCGAAACUUAAAGUACCUAGUAUUUGCCGCGCGGUGAUAUCACAACAGAUAACGGUGCAGCCGAGUCCGUGAAAUCUGUGAUUUAUUCAGUGGUGGUAUACCUUUUGCAUAUGGAUCUUUCAAGUAACACCCAAUGUGGCUCACAGCGAACACUAUUCGCCUAAGUGUCACUGACUAUUUCCAUUUGUUAUAAGAUUGUAACCCCGAAAUUUCCAUAUGCAUGAUAAUGUUACGCCGCUGCGCAAAUGGGAUAUAUGUGUUAUAUUAUGUGUAUUGUGUAAUAAUGAAAUUGAGAUAUGAGAGUGCAAAAUUAACUGCAAGUGAAGUGAGCAAAAGUCACACACGUGGAAAGACAACAUUCAAUUAGUUUAUGGUGUAGUUGAAAUUUAUUGUGAAGAAUGAUAUGACUAAGUUUUCUACUUUUUAAUAAAUUGUCUAAACCGCCGUUAUAACUUGUGCUUAUAAUGGAGUCAAAUAAUGCAUAUUCGUUUGGUGAGUAUGAGCGUUGCUUUUUUUCAGUGAUUCGUGUUAAAUAUGUUAAAAACAAAUACACGAAAGUCGUAAACCAAAUUAAUGAUAAGCUGUAUGUUAUAUUUUCAAUUUUCCAAUUUAGAGCUGGAACUUAAAUAUCUCACUCUAGUAGAGCGCAUGGAAGGCAAAUAGCAAGGACUCUUGAGGUCGGAUAUUGCUAACUUCUUGUACAAACUGAACUUAUAGUUACUGAAAAAUAGACUUUAAGUUUUGGUUUUACUUCCAAGAUUAUUCUAAUUUAUUUAUUGUAAGGUGUAGCAUAUAAUUUGUGUAAUGUAAUUUGAUCUAUGUGAGUUGGGAGCCCUCACUGACAAGUUCACUCCUCCCGAAAUAUAUGUUGCGUUAAGAUAUUAUGAUAAGAAGAAUAGAAUAAUAAUAAAUGUAAAUAUGCUC